GGAGCCGGGCGAGAGGAGCCGGGAAACGAGCGGCCGGGAGCCGGCAAACGGGGAGCCGGGGAACGAGCAGCUGGGAGCCGGCAAACGAGCAGCUGGGAGCCAAGCUAUCCCCGGAUCUGGGGCCGGCUUGGCGAGCGGUGGGGCGCCCCUGCUGACCCCGCUUCCGUUUCCCCCCCUGAGGCAGGUGGCGGCUCGGGCCCUCCCUGAGCAUGCUGUACCUGGUGGGGCUGGGCCUGGGGGAUGCCAAGGACAUCACGGUGAAGGGCCUGGAGGCGGUGCGGCGCUGCCGCAGGGUGUACCUGGAGGCCUACACGUCCGUGCUCACCGUGGGCAAGGAAGCGCUGGAAGAGUUUUAUGGAAAAGAAUUGAUUUUGGCUGACCGAGAAAUGGUGGAACAAGAAGCAGAUAGCCUUUUAAAAGAAGCUGAUGUUUGUGAUGUUGCAUUUCUUGUGGUUGGUGAUCCUUUUGGGGCCACAACACACAGUGAUUUAGUGCUACGUGCAGUAAAAUUGGGGAUUCCUUACAAGGUCAUUCAUAAUGCUUCAAUAAUGAAUGCAGUGGGCUGCUGUGGUUUACAGUUGUACAAUUUCGGAGAAAUGGUUUCCAUAGUGUUCUGGACAGAUACAUGGAAGCCAGAGAGCUUCUUUGACAAGAUUGAGAAGAACAGUCAGAAUGGAAUGCACACUCUGUGCUUACUCGAUAUUAAAGUGAAGGAGCAGUCUCUGGAGAAUCUCAUGAAAGGAAGAAAGAUUUAUGAGCCACCGCGCUACAUGAGCGUCAAUCAAGCUGCAGAACAGCUUCUUGCCAUUAUUCAAAACAGAAGGCUCCAAGGACUAAAACCAGAAAUUACUGAAAACACAGUUUGUGUUGGCCUUGCUCGUGUAGGUGCUCUAGAUGAGAAGAUUGCUUCAGGCACACUACAGCAGAUGUCCACUGUGGAAUUGGGUGAUCCACUACAUUCCUUAAUUGUUACAGGCACUAUGCAUCCUCUGGAAUUGGAAAUGCUUAAACUUUUCUCUGUAGAUAGUUCCAGUUUUGACAAUAAUGCAUGUCAAAGGACUACUUAAAUAAAAAUGAGGCAUUUACAUUUUUA